GUCAGAAAGUGCUUCAAAAGUGUAUAAAAAGAGACCAGAAUCGUGUUAGUUUCACAAAAAGGAUAAGUCCGAGUCAAAACCAAACACACGAAAAUGCUGACAACUGUCUCUCUUGCCUGUAUCGUCGCCUGCGUUUUGGCAGAUUCCACUUAUCCCAAACAUAAUGGAGGGUACUUUCCCAUUAAUGGAGGCGAUUACUACCCAAAGGGAGGCUGUGGUCCAUAUGGAUGUGGGUACAAUGGUUUCCAAGGGGGACUUUUCGGCUCUGGUAAUUUAGGAAGUCUAGGUAUAGGAAAUGGAUUAGUUGGUAAUUUUGGAGGACUUAACACUGGGUUUGGAGGUGUUGGUGGAGGAUCAGCCGCCGCUUCCGCUGCCGCCGCCGGAAAUGCCGCUGCUGCCGCCGCCGCUGCUGCCGCUGGUCAAAAUGCCGCCGCCGCCUCAGCUGCCGCUGCCGGUAACUCUGCUGCCGCCUCUGCUGCUGCUGCUUCUGGAUCUGGAGGAUUAAUUGCUCCAUUCAACUACUACCAGCCUGGAUACAACUACUUCCCAGGACAAAUCUACAACAACAUCUACAGCUCCCAGUACUAUCCCGACCACUACAACCAAUAUUACCAGUCUUUCCCCUACUACAGCAGUCCAUAUUUCGGUGUUGGAGGAGGAUCUGCCGCCGCUUCAGCUGCUGCCGCCGGUAAUGCAGCCGCCGCUUCCUCUGCUGCCGCUAGUGGAUUCAAUGGAUUUAACGGACCCUUUAUUGGGGGUCUUGGACCAAUUGGUGGAUCCGUCAGACCAAGAAAGGUUUACUAAAUGGACCCGAUCUACUCCUGUACUCUUGAAUGUUGUUUGGUUUUGACUUUAGAAUAAAAAUUAGAAAAAAAACAAGUAUAGCAUCUUUUUUUUA